CCCUGGAACCCCGCAGCCCGGACAUCGGUUCCGCCGGGCGGAGCGGACAGGAGGUUGCACCGGGCCCGGCGGGCGGGCGGAUCAGCUGAUUUGGGAUGGCUGAUGAAAUUAAGAAUGAAUCCCCGUCCGUCAGCAUUAAAGAGGAAGAAACCGCUGCAACUUGUAAUGAAGAGAAAGUAGCAGAAGAGGAAGAAGAGUUAUCACAUGAAGACAUCUUGGACCUAUUUCAGGAAGGUCUGGCCAUGAUAGUUCAGGACCCUUUGCUGUGUGAUCUGCCUAUACAGGUUACUUUGGAAGAGAUAAAUUCACAGGUGGCUUUGGAGUAUGGGCAGGCAAUGACAGUCAAAGUAAAGAAAGGAGAUAGUGAAAUUAUGCCUGUUGUUGUAAUUCAAAAUGCAUCAGUCCUGGAUUUGAAAAAAGCUAUUCAGAGAUACAUCCAACUGAAGCAACAACGUGAGGGAGGAACAGAAUUCAUUAGCUGGAAAUAUAUCUGGCGGACAUACCAUCUAACAUUUAAUGGCGAGAAGCUAACGGAUGAUAAAAUGAAACUCAAAGAUUAUGCAAUAAGGAAUCGAGAUGAAGUCACAUUCAUAAAGAAGCUCCGUAAAAAAUAAAAAGAUGCGGCCUGACCAGCUGAGUUCCUCCAGCACUUUGUUCUUUAUUUGCUCCAGAUUGUCUCACCUUCUUCCCACGUGAGAUGAACAAUUAUGGUCAGCAGGCUAAUUAACGGCUGGCAAGGCACCAUACCAAUCUGGGUCUUAGCACAACUUCUCAUGUUUCUUAAAUAUAGGUGGCCAUUUAGGGCAACAGUAGUUUGCAUUAACAAAAAUCAACUUCUAGCUAUUAAAAAAACGUUUAUUUUUAA